AUGCUGCAGAUGGACCUGAUCGACGCGACGGGGGACACUCCCGGGGCCGAGGACGACGAGGAGGACGACGACGAGGAGCGCGCGGCCCGGCGGCCGGCAGCGGGGCCGCCCAAGGCCGAGUCCGGCCGGGAGCCGGCGUCCCGCGGCCAGGGCCAGAGCCAAGGCCAGAGCCAGGGCCCGGGCAGCGGGGACACGUACCUGCCCAAGCGGCCCACCACGCUCAACCUCUUUCCGCAGGUGCAGUUGUCUCAGGACACACUGAAUAAUAAUUCUCUGGGCAAAAAGUACAAGCAGCCCCGCCCCCACCACAGAUCGAGGCACCUCCACCAACAGCCCACGCUGCCGGUAGAUGAGCACGUGCAGCUGGAGCUGGUGAGCCUGCGGCCGUGCUUCGGAGACUACAGUGACGAGAGGGACUCGGCCAUCGUCUACGACAACUGUGCCUCCGUCUCCUCGCCCUAUGAGUCAGCCAUCGGAGAGGAAUAUGAAGAGGCCUCCCGGCCCCAGCCUCCUGCCUGCCUCUCCAAGGACUCCACGCCUGACGAACCCGACGUCCAUUUCUCCAAGAAGUUCCUGAACAUCUUCAUGAGUGGCCGCUCCGGCUCCUCCAGUGCCGAGUCCUUCGGGCUGUUCUCCUGCAUCACCAACGGGGAGGAGCAGGAGCAGACCCACCGUACCGAGCAGGAGCAGACCCACCGGACCAUAUUCAGGUUUGUGCCUCGACACGAAGACGAACUUGAGCUGGAAGUGGAUGACCCUCUGCUAGUGGAGCUCCAGGCUGAAGACUACUGGUACGAGGCCUACAACAUGCGCACUGGUGCCCGGGGCAUCUUUACUGCCUAUUACGCCAUCGAGGUCACCAAGGAGCCCGAGCACAUGGCAGCCCUGGCUAAAAACAGUGACUGGGUGGACCAAUUCCGGGGGAAGUUCCUGGGCUCAGUCCAGGUUCCCUAUCACAAGGGCAAUGUCGUCCUCUCUGCCGCUGUGCAAAAGAUUGCCACCACCCGCCGGCUAACCGUGCACUUUAACCCGCCCUCCAGCUGUGUCCUGGAGAUCAGCGUGCGGGGUGUGAAGAUAGGUGUCAAGGCCGACGACUCCCAGGAGGCCAAGGGGAAUAAAUGUAGCCACUUUUUCCAGUUAAAAAACAUCUCUUUCCGCGGAUAUCAUCCAAAGAACAACAAGUACUUUGGGUUCAUCACCAAGCACCUCGCCGACCACCGGUUUGCCUGCCACGUCUUUGUGUCUGAAGACUCCACCAAAGCCCUGGCAGAGUCCGUGGGGAGAGCAUUCCAGCAGUUUCACAAGCAGUUUGUGGAGUACACCUGCCCCACAGAAGAUAUCUACCUGGAGUAGCCGCGCAGCCCCGCCCUCUGCGUCCCCCGGCCCUCAGGCCAGUGCCAGGACAGCUGGCUGCUGACAGGAUGUGGCACUGCUUGAGGAGGGGCACCUGCCACCGCCAGGGGAUGAGGAAGUGGGGGCCGCUGGCUCAGG